GCACAGAGGCUCGAGCAGAUCCCGAGCUAAAGGUUAGCUAGCAGCGACUUCAAGAAGAAAAUGGCGAUCACGCAGGACGAAUGCCUCUCCUAUUAGAUGAUGCAAAAGCGUUCGAUUUAUUAUUUUUUUUUUAGCCUUACCAGUCGGCUUUCCUCUUCCACUCUGUUGCACUUUAUACUUCAAUGAGAUUUGGAAUUGGAAGCCUUGCCACCAAAGAAACUGAAGCAUCUUAACAGGAAUCCACCCACAGAGGGACUGACUGUGGAUGGAAGAGAGCGAGAAACGGAGAGUGUGACAAGGAAGGAGGAUAAUACACAGCACUGGACAGAAGGACCGGUAAGAAGCAAAGUCCAGGAAAAAAAAGUCCUAAAUCCACACUGCAUUGCCCUUCCCAAAUACACCCAAAAACACACAUUAAGUGUUCCGCAAGUCGUCAGCGAUGCCAAGGGGGCCUGAUCAGCCAGCUGCCCGCUCUGAACAACCCGGCCUCUUCACCCCAGACCCUUGAGGUGAGGCCGUACCCGCUAAGAAGUCCGCUACUCCCUCGUCAACCUGGGAACCAGAGGAAACCAGUUCUCCAUUCAGCCCGGGGAGGCACUCAAGCCCAUUCAGGAGCUGCAGCCUCGUGCUAGCCUCGCAGGCAUGGCUCCCAUUCGGGAUUCCGUCAGCCAUUCUCCUAAUCAAACAGGUCUGGAACACCCUGGCUUGGACUCUCAGUAUGAGCCGUCUCCCUGGUCUUCUGGUUCUCCCUGCAGUAGCGACGGCAACAGCAACUGGGGAAAAGUGCUAGUGGACGGAAGCACGGACAAAGCCAACAACCCCUCCUCGACUAAUUCUUCUGUCUGGCCCCCUUCCUCUUCGUCCUUCUCUUGUUCCUCUUCUUCCUCCGGCUGCGGAUCCGGAUCAGACCCCGAGUUGGCGUCAGAAUGCAUGGACGCGGACUCUAGCCCCUCGACUGGCUCAGAGAAAAACUUCGGGGCGAUCGCUGCGACAACUGGGAUGAUGUCGGCAAAUGCGUCGUCCUCGGCGUCUUCUCCCUCCUCUGCCAUGAUGGUUGGUGUCUCGCUGAACGGAGACAGCAACGGCAAUAGUCGUCAGGUCAACGGAGGACUCGGAACAAUCUGUGGUGCAAAUAACGGAAAUAGCAACAUGACCGGACCGCCGCACUUGUCUGCGGCUGGGUCCGGCGGUAUUGACAGCAAUAACAUGGGUAACCAUAACAAGCUCGUUAAUAACAGCAGCGUUUGGGGCACCCAGCCAGGCAACACCAUCACGACUUCCAGCGGAAGCACCACCUACAUGAAUGGAGACUCCACUCCAAACACCAUACACCCAAAUGCCAACCACGGUGCCUGGUCGCAGAAUCCAAGCCCGAGCCCGUUGUCCCAGGGCCAACGGCCUCCACAGCCUCAGGGGAUGAAUUCAAAACUGGCUCUUGCGCCCCAACAGGGCCCCUUGCUGGGCUGGGGCGGCAUGGCAGCUCCAGAUAACGGCGCUAUGAUGGAAGACAUGGAGGUGAAUCACGGUACAUCAAGCGGCAACGUGUUAGGAAGCGGCAACGGCGGAAACGGUGGCCUGCAGCCCGCCAACCUUAACACUGAAUCAAACGGACCAAAUAACACUAUAACGAUGAAUACUACUUCUUCUUCUACUACUACUACUACUAACGCAACAAUGACCUCGAGCCCACCAAACUCCAUCGCCUCACCCCAGAUGAGCGGCGAAUGUUCCUGGGGUUCCAUUGGAGGCGGGAGCGGUGGUCUGCUGCCCAAUGGAAACACUUCAUCAGCACCCCAGCAUCCCCAAGGAGAAACGGGGCGCCCCGGAACUUUCGGCACACCUUGGGAUGCGUCUACCUGCUUCGGAGAUAAGGGCCCCCCGAAUUUAGACACUGUGAACCCACAAAGCGGGAACCCCCAAAUGUCCUCUACUGCUGCUUUUAAGAGUAAUAAUAACCACCACGGCGCUGGCGCACCGCGCUGGGAUCAAGGGCCGGCCGGUAACCCGAAUCAGUGGGGUGGAGGCGUCGGUUCAAAUCAAAUCCCGGGAUCCACAGGAACUGUAAACCAAACUGCAAUGGGCUCCAGCUUAGGGGUACCACGCCCUUGGGGAAGCAGCGCAUCUUCUUCCUCCUCGUCCUCGUCGACAUCCACAAAGAUGUCCGCCGCCGAGUGGGGAACAAGCCACGGCGGCAACCCCUCGGAUGCUGAAAGUCACAAAGGAAGCGCCGCGAACAACGGCUGGAAAAGCCUCGAGGACGACGCCAUGGGCAUGGGCGCCGGAGGACCCGGAAGUGCAAGCCUGGCAGGUGUGACAGGAGGCUGGGGUCGCUCUGGAGGAAGCGAGGGAAGCGGCGAGAGCUCCGGAGGCCAGUCCAGCUCAGACAGAGAGGGCAGCCUCUCCAAGGGAGGGAACCGAAGAAAAGCCAACAGCGCACCGUUCGCACCCGUUCCGAGUCGAACCGACGUGGAUCCGAGGGUCCUGUCGAACACUGGAUGGGGACAAACGCCCAUACGGCAGAACACCGCCUGGGAUGUCAAUCCCCCUUCUAACAAUCAGCCCCCGGCUCCCAGAUCAGAUGAAAGAAAGCAUAGCUCCGGCUGGGGAACAGGGCAGGCAGCUCCCAGCCAGACCUCUGGAGGUUCAGGCUGGGGAAGCGGCCCAGGUUGCGCAGGCUCGGACACAGGAAGCACCGGUUGGGGGGAUCAGAGAUCAAAUUCCGGGUGGGAUAACAAGGGCCCAGCGAGUGGAGGUGGCUGGGAUGAUGGAUCCGCUUACAAAGGCGGCAACAUCAGCAAAGAUGAAAGAUCCAAUACUUGGACUAAUGCGCCCAAACCGCAGCAGAGCUGGGCCUCCAACAGUGGAAACGGAGACGAAAGCUGGGGCAAUGGCGGCGACGGUCCCAGAGCGGGUUCUAACAACCACUGGGGCGACUCCCACAAAGGGGCUGGUUCAGUAGGCUGGGAUAGCGACAGCGACCGCUCCGGUUCUGGAUGCUGGAGCGAGCCGGGUCGCACCAACACCAACACCACCAGCAGCAGCAACACCUGGGGGGGAAGCGGAGGAUCCAAUACUCCAGACCAGAGCACUCCGAACCCUGGCUCCAAUUGGGGCGACCCUGUCCACAAAUCUAACCUUCAAAAUAAGAGCCAGAGCUGGGGGGAGCCGGCGAAGAAUCAGCAGGGUGCCCAGAACUGGGGCGAGUCCACUUCGAAGUCCUCUCAUGCUUCCAGCGAGUGGGGGAAAGGUCCGGACUCAAACAUGUCACGGGGCAACAACAAGCCUACAGGCUGGUUGGGUGGUCCGAUCCCCACAGUGGGCCCGAAGGACGAAGCAGCAACUGGCUGGGAGGAGCCUUCCCCAGAGUCCAUCCGUCGAAGGAUGGAGAUUGAUGAUGGAACAGCAGCUUGGGGAGAUCCUGGUAAAUACAAUGGCGGAUCUGUGAACAUGUGGAACAGAACGAGCCAGUCGGACCAGGACGGCACGAGCCCGUCGUCUCAACACCCGUCGCAUAGCUCGACACAUUCUUCUCAGCCGAUGCAGCCUCACGGCCAAGACAAAAGUGGCAGUUCUGGUUGGGGUGAUCCUUACCCCCCGCAGAAGGAGUCCUCAACAUGGGGCGAACCCUCUUCUGCGGCGCCUGUUACAGUCGACAACGGAACAUCUGCCUGGGGGAAGCCGGUGGACACUAACUCCGGCUGGGAGGAACCCACCCGGGAUAACCGAGAACCAGCAUCUGGAUGGGGAGGGCGCCAUAAGUCCGCAGGUCUCGGUUCCAAGCCGAUGGAGACCUGGUGCGGCGAGGAUGUGUCCAUGAGUAACAGUUGGGACCAGGAAGAGGAAGUCGAGAUUGGCAUGUGGACCAACAACCCGCAGGACAACAGGUCACAUGACCACAACACCUGGAACUACAAGCAUAGAGGAUCCAACAAGAUGAAUAAACCAAUCAACAAACCAGACGAGCCGUGGAUGAAACACUUCAUGAAUCAGUUCAACAACAUGAACUUUUCUCGAGAUUCUCCUGACGAUUGCAUGAAAACUGGUGUGGGAAUGGUGCAGGACAAGCGCAUGGACAGCAUGGGAGAUUUUAACGGAGUAAUGGGGAAGAACCCUGGGUCUCAACACCAGCUCCCCAAAGAGUCCACCAUGGAUCGCAGCUCUUAUUAUGACAAGAAUGUAAACCCAAUGUUGGCACAAGGCCGUGGUGGACUGCACUCUCAGCUCCCUCAUCCUAACUACCGUAACCAAGUGCCUCCUCCCAUCCUACCCCCUCAGGUUCCUCCAUCCCUGUUGAAAUACCCAGGAGGCAAUGGAGCCCUCAACCCUCUGCUGGGCCCUCAGCAGGUCGCUGUGCUCAACCAGCUCUCUCAACUCAACCAGUUGUCACAGCUCAACCAGCUGUCUCAGCUCAAUCAGCUGCAGCGUCUUCUCCUCCAGCAGCAACAACAACAACAGAAGGCUCAGAGCCAGAGAGUCAUGCCUGUGGGACGACAACCCGAGCAGACGCGUCCCAUCGGUUCAUCUCCAUCAAUGAUGCAGCCACCGCGUCAUCUCGACCCUUCUUUGCUGAAACAGUCCCCAGCCCUGAAACCAUACCUGGAUAACUACUUGCCCCACAACAGCCCUGACAUGCAGAAGGACGCCUCUACCCUUGGAUCCUUCAGCAACUUCCCUUUAAGCUUGAACUCUAACCUGAAUGUAUCCUUGGACAUGGGUGUUGGUACUAAUGCUGGCGGAGCUUUAGGCUACAAAGAGCCACCCCAGUCUAGACUGAAGAAACUGUGGGUUGCUGAUCCUCUGGAGCAGAACAGCAAAUCUGGUGCUAUUUCGUCAGGGAUGCGUCUGGAGGACUCCUUUUAUGACUUCCUGUCCCCUGGCCCAUCUCCCUUGAGUCCCGCCGGCCAAUCAAUGGGCUCAGUGGGUGAUGGCUGGCCGUCUCGUGCCAACUCCCCCCCGCCCCAUGGAAACACCGUCACCUGGCCCCCAGAGUUCCGACCCGGUGAACCUUGGAAAGGUUACCCCGACAUUGACCCCGAGACCGACCCUUAUGUGACUCCUGGUAGUGUCAUCAAUAACCUCUCCAUCAACACCGUCCGUGACACAGACCACCUCAGGGACAGGAACAAUGGGCCAUCCUCAUCACUAAACACCACGAUGCCUUCUAACAGUGCCUGGUCAUCCAUUCGUGCCUCCAGCCACAGCGGUUCCCUCACCAGUACAGCACAAAGCACUUCAGCCAGACCCAGUGAGUCAAAGUGGUCUCCCGGCGGUGGUUCUGUGUCUAACUCCUCUCUGGCCCACGAGCUGUGGAAGGUCCCCCUGCCUCCCAAGCCGCUGUCUGUGGCGGCCCCCUCCAGACCUCCGCCUGGCCUCACCAGUCAAAAGCCCAGCGCCGCCUCCUCCGGCUGGGAUGGCUCCGCCCUGAGGCUGGGUGGGUGGGGUUCCAGUGACUCCACCUACACACCUGGUUCCAGUUGGGGCGACAGCAGCAGCAGUGGCGGCAGCAGCAGCAGCUCAGGGAGAACGCAAUGGCUAGUUCUGAAAAACCUCACACCUCAGAUCGACGGCUCUACUCUGAGGACUCUGUGUAUGCAGCACGGCCCUCUGACCACAUUCCACCUCACCCCGCAUGGUAGCGCUGUGGUGUGCUACAACUCCAAGGAUGAGGCUGCCAAGGCCCAAAAGAGCCUGCACAUGUGUGUUUUGGGGAACACUACUAUCCUGGCCAAGUUUGCCAGCGAGGAGGAAAUAAACCGUUUCUUUGCACAAGGGCAGUCACUGGCCACUCCCUCCUCGGCCUGGCAGGCCAUUGGCUCCUCCCAGAGCAGGAUGGAUCAGUCCCACCCUUUCCCCAGCCGCGCUGCCGAACCCAGCCAGUGGAACAGCAGCGACCUCCACGCCUCCUCCCUGUGGGGCGGUCCCAACUAUUCCAGUAGCCUGUGGGGGAACCCCGGCGGCACCGAGGCGGCGAGAAUCGGCAGCCCUUCUCCAAUCACUUCCUUCCUUCCGGUGGAUCACCUGACGGGCAGCGGCGACUCCAUGUGACCCCGGGGGGGCUCCCCAUCAACGGCAAAAAGGGGGUCAGUGGAGCGUUCUCAAUAAUCAGCAAGAAUGAAAAGCAAAAGUAGUCGUUGUAAACGCUUACGGCGCUACUCGUAAUAUUCAACAAACAAAAAAAACGGGGUCACCCCCUGUGGAAAACAAGUUACGUUUCUCUCUCUAUCUAUCUCUAUCUGCACAUAUGUCCACUUUGUUUUAGCCCAAAAACAUAUCAGUCGAAAUACUUGAAUCCUGCAGGCCAAUUCUAUAAUGUGAACGGAUGGAUACUUGCUUCCAGGUAGUGCUCUUUCAGACCGAAAAAAAAGCUUCAAUCGAGCUCAUUAUUAUUAUUAUUAUUAUAUAUUUUUUUGUUUCAUUCGUCAUGUUUAUUUGAAUUCCAAUUUUUUUUUUUUUGCAUUUAUUUGCUGACAAUGUUGGAGUAUGAGCUUUUUUUAACUUUGCACUGAAUGUGUUUUUUUUUUUCUUCAGUAUAUACAGUAUAUAUAAUCUGCAAUAUAGAGGGAGCAGCCAGUUUUUCCAGUGUAGCUGUUUACUCAUUGAGGUCCUUACCGUGUAUGCAUGGAUGUACCGAAUGUGUGUGUGUGUGUGUGUGUGUGUGCGACUGUGUGCGCUCCUCUCUUGCCUUGGCACGCCUACCUUACGUGGAGUUCAAGAUCAACAGAUAAGUUGAAGAAAAAAAAAAAAAAGAGCUGACUUAGGAGAAUUAUCUGGUGAUAGUAAGUGACAUUUAAAAAAAAAAAUAAGUAUUGCACCAAUUUUUUUGUUUAAAAACUAAAGAACGUCGAGCUCUGCAGUGCAAAGGACUGUAGCCGCAGCUGGGACUAGCAAGCCCCGCCUUCCCUAAUAAUGUAGGAGGGCGGGGCCUAUCUAGCAAGCCCUCCCUUCACGCCCUCUAGCAAAGGGCAAAAGGGGGGGGGGGGUGGGAACAGCACUUUCAGAAUAGGCUUUCAAUGUUUUGGAGGUGCCACACUGCAACCUCUUGUUUACAAGACUUAGGAGGCGGAACGUGUGUUCAUUCUUCAUUUUAACGAGAAGACGGAGUAAAACAGAAAAAUGCAAAGAAAAAAGAUUUAAAAAAGUGAAAAAAAAACUUUGAAAAAAAGUCAUAAAAAUUUAAAAAAAAAAAAAAAAAAUUAUCAUGUAUGAAGACGAUGCUUUGUAACUCUGGGAAUUCGGAUCAGUGUUUUUUUUUUUGGCCAUGGUGUUGGUUAUUUGAAUUAUUCCUCUUUUUUUUUUUUUUGUCUGCUAAAAUAACCAGCAAUGGUUCUCAGGAAAUCAAGCCAGUUUUCCCCACCUUAUAGUUGACGGAAAAAAAAAAAAAAACACAUACAAAAAAAAAAAAAACUACUACUCCUUGUAGGAAAGGAAAAUCCAACUUCUAGCACUGAAAACUAUGUAUAGGUCUGUAAGUUUCUUUUCUCUGCCAAAUAACUGCUUUAAGCUGGAGAAGCUCAACACACUGCUUUCAGUAUGCUGUCUUUUGAGGGUUGGGGGGGUCCAAGUGUGUGUGUGUGUGUGUGUUUGUGUGUGUGUGUCUCCUCCAUGAUGUUCGAAUCAACAGUAUUGUGGGGAGGGAGUGUGCUGUGUGAGUGCUCAUGUUCUACAAACCAAGAGAAAGGCGAAUCUAUGCAUACUGUAGCUUCUCAUAGCCUACUGAGAGGCAUUUUUGUUUUCUUUAUUAUUAUUAUUAUAUAUAUAUAUAUAUAUAUAUAUAUAAAUAUAUAUUUUGGUCCGCGUCCUAGAAAAUAUUUUAAAUGUUUCAGUCAGUACCGCGACAUGCGAAAUACUUGCUUUUUAAAAUAUAUUUCGCUCUCAUUGCCACAGUGUUUUUUUUGGGGGGGGGAGAAGAAAGCGACAUGUCAUUUUUUUUUUUAAUUUAAAAAAAAAUUUUUUUUUUUUUUGUUGAAUUUUUUUUGAUGUUUUAAACCGUGCAAAAGUCGUCCACAUUUCAUUGCCUUGAUCCCAAUUGUGUCCGCAGAUGCAACAAGUCAAGUGGCUUCUACCUGUUUACAAAAGGAAUAUGAUUGUAUUGUUGUGCCGUGUUGCGCCCCCCCACCUCCUUUUUUUUUUUUUUUUUUUUUUUUUUGUGGGUGAUGGGGGGGCCCCCCCAUCUUACCCCUCAAUAAUGUGUGAAUGUAAGUCAAUAGAUCUUUAGCUGUGAUGGCUUGGCUCCUUUCAUGCACAAUUUAACUUUAAAAAACGACAAAAAAAAAAGCUUCAGUGCACGUGAGCAUUAGCGAAGCCAUGGACCUUAAACGAUUCAUUACGUGUGUAUUAUUUACCCCCCCACGCCCCCUUCCUUUCUUCCCCAUCUCAGCCGCUGUAGAUUUUUAAUUUCACAAGUACGACUCUCGUACUUUUUAAGCUGAGCAGUGACUAUUUAACAAAGCGUACGUAGUGACACAGAACCUUGAGUAUUAGCCAGACUUGACACGUGUGUGUGUGUGUGUGUGUGUGUGUGUGAGUGUGCCAGUAUUUCACCUGCGCUCUACCAAAUAAUUCAAUUAGUUUACUUAAUUCCACUUCUUCUUUUUUUUUUUUUUUUUGCUUAUUUUAACAAGAGGAACAUCUGAACCUUUAUUAUUAUUAUUAUUAUUUUUUUUUGUGAACUUAACUGACGUGUUGAACUGAGGAGCCUUGGAUUUUUGCACUUGGGUGGAUUUUUAAAGAGCGCAGAGCAAAAAGCCGAUUGGAUUGAACCAUCGGUUGAGGAGGCGGCGUGCGUUUGUUUGUGUGUGUGUGUAAAGUGGAGAAGUGUUAGUGUGAUGACGCUUCAGUGUAUCAAGUUUGAGUCAACCGCUUCUUUUUGGUCACUAAAAAAUAUGCAUCUCUUUUUUUAUGUUUAUUUUUUUUCUCUCAUAAUACAUCAGAAAAAAACGCCAAAAUAUUUGUAUGAUGUGGAGAAAAGUAAAAAAAAAAAAAAAAAAAAGGAGAUGCAUGUUUUCCACACCACACGGUGAAAAAGAGAAUCGGCUUUUGAUUGGUUGAUUGGCUCGUCAUUGAUAAGCAGCUUGCCUCCUGUGCCUGAUCCUGGAUCAGCUCGCUUGUCUGUUGGCUUGUUUUUUUAGCACUGAUCCCGCAUCGGUUUGACAAAUAAGACGUACAUACAUACGUAGACGCCCCUACUGAGUGGCCAUGUUGGAUGUGGCAAAUCUGUCCUAUAAACUAAAAGCAAGGAAAUUGACCCAAUACCUUUUUAUUCAUGCUCUUUAAUAUAUUUCAGCAUUAAAAAACACUUUUUUGUAUAGAAGUAUUAUUAACCCAGGGUUCAAUUCCACCCUUGGGCAUCUCUGUGUAGAGUUUGCACGUUCUCCCCGUGCAUGCGUGGGUUUACUCCGGUUUCCUCCCACAUUCCAAAAACAUGCUAGGUUAAUUAGCGACUCCAAAUUGUCCAUAGGUAUGAAUGUGAGUGUGAAUGGUUGUUUGUCUAUAUUGUGCCCUGUGAUUGGCUGGCGAACCAGUCCAGGGUGUACCCCGCCUCUCGCCCCAAAGACAGCUGGGAUAGGCUCCAGCACCCCCCGCGACCCUCAUGAGGAUAAGCGGUAAAAAAUGAAUGAAUGAGUUCUCCUAUUUUGUGUGGAAGUGGUAACUUUUUGGCUUCUUAUUUUGUCUUUCCCCACCCUCGAUCAUUUCAGUAUGGAGUUUGCAUGUUCUCCCCGUGCAUGCGUGGGUUUUCUCCGGGUACUCCGGUUUCCUCCCACAUUCCAAAAACAUGCUAGGUUAAUUAGCGACUCCAAAUUGUCCAUAGGUAUGAAUGUGAGUGUGAAUGGUUGUUUGUCUAUAUGUGCCCUGUGAUUGGCUGGCGACCAGUCCAGGGUGUACCCCGCCUCUCGCCCCAAAGACAGCUGGGAUAGGCUCCAGCACCCCCCGCGACCCUCAUGAGGAUAAGCGGUAAAAAAUGAAUGAAUGAAUGAAUGAGUUCUCCUAUUUUGUGUGGAAGUGGUAACUUCCCCGUGGCGCGACCGAUCCUGGGAAGUUUUAAAACUGUGUCACGCAGGAAAACCCCCCGCGGGACGUGUAUUCUACGAUAACCAAGAUGACCGACCAGCCCGUCCGCUGGUGAGUAAAGAUGCGUUCAAACGCUUCUGUAAACACCGUCAGCCUUGCUACUGUUUAUUUAUGUACCCCAAGAUACCCACUGUUGCUAAUUAUUCCCCGUUUGAAGUAAUACCACUGUUCUUAACAUUCCACGCUAGGAAAUAAGUCCAAAGUAUGUCGGAUUAGAAGUGAAAAUAAGUUGACGCCCAGAUUAUGAAAUGUAACUAUGCUAGUUAGCUAGCCUAAGCUAGCAAAACAUUGUGGUUUGGGUUUCGCUGCAGGACGUCGGUGUUCAGUUGUGAUUGUGACACGUUUCCCGGCCAAAUGCAAUCAAAAGCACGUUGUUGUCUUAACCUGUGGAAGGUGUACUGCCACAUCCAAUAUGGCGGCCACAGAAGGAUUCAUGGCUCAAAGGCCGCGUCUACGUAUGUAUGUCGGAUUUUGUCCUCCUCGAUGUCUCUGUCUGUGUCGACACUUAAGAUCGGGGGUGUCCAAACUUGGAAGAAUGGGGGCGUUAUUUUAAUUUUUAUUAUUAAAUUUUUAGACCAAGAUAUACUCAACACUUCCUGUUUCACUCGUUGCCGCCGAUGCUUUUUUUUUUUUUUUUUUUUUACAUUGAAGUUCAAGCGCCGCUGCAGUAAUAAACUUAAGAUUUGUCAGAUCAAAACAUGUGAUAUUAGCUUCUAUUGCUCAAGUGCGCUACUUUUCCGUUCCGGCACUCUAAGCAUCAUGGGAACUGUAGUUCUUUACACCGUCAAUAAGCCGUAAUCAUCGUUUAAACCACAGGCUUCAAAGCGUGUCGCAGUUUAUAGUCGGGGAAAUAACAGUAAUUAAAAUCUUAUUUCCGCAAAGUAUAAGUGAUUAAUUAAUCUGAAGCUUCAAUUAAUCAAGGCAUCGGUUAGGCUGUGUGUGUGAAAUUUUUUUUUCCGUAAAAACACAAAGGAAAGGAAGGCCGAAAAUGAGCACGUUUACAUUUUUUUUUUUUUAAAUGAAAAGCAUUACUUGAAUACCAAAAUAAUCGUUGAUUAAUGUAUCAUCGAUUAAUUGCUGCAGCUCUAGUCGGAAGGGAACAAACGGGCUUCUUAUAUUCGGGGCGGGGUACUGUUUUACUUUCCUAAUCCUUGUUUAACAUUUUAAUGUGGGCCACUAUGAGUUUGUUGUUGUCCCCCGUGCCGCAGGUUGGACACCCCCAACCCCCCUCGCAGGCUAGCUAGCAGACUUGCAUGUUACUCACUUUAUCUCCAUUUUAACGUAUGUAGUGUGUUUGGGAACACCAUUAUGCCAAAUUUGGGGGGCGAGGAAAGGGAUUACGGCGGUGUGCGUAUUUAAGAAUCCGGAUAAUGUGGCGAAUGCUUGAAGAUGAGCGAGUAUUUUAUUUUUUUUUUUUUUGCAACAAAAAAAACAAAACACAAAAAAAAAGGGACGAUGUAAGGAAAAAAAAAUCUUUUCAAGUGAGCGAGAACCACCUUUGAGCACUGUACAAUCUCCAGGGCUGCCAAGCAGCUUCCCAUGCAGGCGGGGAGGGGCGGGGCUGGAAGAUGAAAACGUGGGGGGGGGCUGGCAGGUGAUACUACUUUUUACUAUUUAAAAAAAAAAUAAUGUGAGUCUUUUUUUUUGGUUUCCUCUUGACUGAACUCUUCUGUGAGCAAAUAUUGUAACACCCAGUGGCAUCUAUCUUGAUCAAAAAAAAUGCUAGUUGCUUUUUUUUUUUUUUUUUUUAAAUCUUACACACAAAAACACAAGAAAAAAAAAGCAAACAUAAAAACUGUGAUGAUUCUGCUGUCUUUUUUUAGUAUGAAUAUGCGCAAAAACCCUGAAAAAGCUUUAGUCUAACCAGCACAAAGAUGAGGGUGGGUGUGUCGCUCAGAGAGACUAUGCAGUGGAGUGUCGAACCCAAGCUUCCAUGUCCAACUUGGGUUUUUUAUUUUAUUUUAUUUUUUUUAAUUUUUAAAUCCCCAAAAAAUCAAGAAAAAACAAAAAAAAAUGAAUGGGAUUCCUAAUAAUAUUCCUCAAACUUGUGCCAUCAUUGAAUCGUACUGCUACUAGUAAUUAAAAAAAAAAAAAAAAACCUAGCAACAGCCGGGCCAGUUGUAGCAGAACGUGUAUGGGGGGGCGGGGGGUCUUUGUUUUUCAGUCCCGCGACAAGACUGCUGAAAGUGCAAAUUUUACACGACUUUUUUAUAGAGAUUCUAUCAAUCCACCGUGUCUAGUUGGAUCACCUAUUAUGCACAUUGCGUUGGGAGACUGUUGAAUCUAUUAUAGAAAAAAAUAUAUAUAUAAGAAUCUAUACUGACAGCGUCUAUAAUCAAACCGGGGGGGGGGGUGUCUUCCUCUCCUCGAUACAACAGGAAGUAACUUUAUUUUCAAACGUCUUCCUCGGGUCAUCAAAGGAUUUUAUCUGAAUUUUUUUUUUUGGGUGGGGGUUUAUGGGGCGGGGUGGGAACUGCACUUUUUGAAGGACAAUCUUUAUUUGGGUAUGUAUAAAAAAAUUAAAAAAAAAACAAACAAAAUAAACGAAGUCGCCUGAUUUAUUACAAGGUGUAAAAACCAACUCCAGUGUGCUCUAAUAUGAAUGUCUCCUCUGAUGCUGUCUUGUUUUGGUUUCAUUUAAGAUUUUUACUUUUUUUUUUUUUGUUGCUUGGGUUUGUUCAGUAUUUUUUUUUUUCCUCCUUAUUUUUCUGAAUUUUUAGUGCUCUUAAGAGAAUCUGUACUAAAGGUGUAGAGUUUGUAGGUAGUAGGUCUUCUGUUGGCUGUACUCGUAAUACUGAUUACUGUUUGUAACCUCUGGCCCUUUUCAGCCAGCAUACAAAGCUGUAUAACUUGGGUACAACCCUCAAUAAAAGACUAACAAUCA